CGCGUCCAUCUGCGGGUUCUGAUCAGUACCCGCACGGCAAGACUCUGGUGCUCUGCGAGGGGCGCACCCCCACCAAUGUACGGACACCACCACGCGUGCUCGACCUCGCCGCCCGCCGCCGGCGACCGCCGCGCCGUCCCCUUCGACCCACUCUCCCUCCCCCGCCUCCUCCUCUCCGUCGCCGCCGCCCCGACCGUCCCGGUCCCGGCCCUCCACGCGGCGGGCCUCAAGCUCGGCGUCCUCCCCUCCUCCCUGCCGGCCUCCAACGCCCUCAUCUCCGCCUACUCCCUCGCGGGCCUCCUCCCCUCCGCGCUCCGCGCCUUCUCCCUCCUCCCGCGCCCGUCCACCGCCUCCUACACCACCGUCCUCUCCGCGCUCUCCCGCCACGGUCGACCCCAGGAGGCCCUCUCCCUCUUCGCCGCCUCCACAGUCGCCCCUGACGCUGAGCUGCUCUCCUGCCUCGUCUCCUGCUGCCGCCGCACGUCCGCCUUUCUCCCCGCGCGCGCGGCGCACGCUUACGGCGUCAAGAACGUUGCGGCGCUAGCCUUCUAUGCCUCGGCCGGCCCAGCGCUGGUCUCCCUGUAUGCGAGGCAUGGGAAGGUGGACGCGGCCAGGAGGGCGUUUGGUUACAUGGACGGCGAGGACGUGGUGUCCUGGAACGCGAUGAUCGGGGGGUUCGCUAACGCCGGGAUGGACACUGAGGCGUGGGACUGCUUCCGGGAUAUGCGCAUGCGAGGUGUUCGAGGGAAUGCCCGCACAGCUGUGGCGGUUCUGGGGGCUUGUGAUUUGGAGUCUGGCAGGCAGAUCCACGGAUACAUGGUGAGAAGCUAUGAUUGUUGUUCAAAAGCCAUUUUGUGGAAUGCGUUGAUGAGCAUGUAUUCGCACGUUGGUUGUGUCAGCGAUGCAGAGCGGGUGUUCUUGGAGAUUGAACGGAAGGAUGUUGUGUCAUGGAACGUUAUGAUCGGGGCAUUUGCAAAGAAUGGAUAUGGAGAAAGGGCCCUUGAGCUUGUGGACAUGAUGGCGCAGUGCGGGAUGCAGCCAGACUCUAUGACAUUCACAGCCGUUCUCAUGGCAUGCUGCCAUGGUGGUUUGGUCGAUGAAGGGCUUGCACUAUUCCAGCGCUUUGUGUCAGUUGUUGGUCUCGUCCCAACUAUGGAGCAGUGCGCCUGCAUUGUGGAUUUGCUUGCACGUGCUGGGAGGUUCAUGGAGGCAUUGGAAUUUAUCAAUCGGAUGCCAAUGAAACCGAAUGCAAUUGUCUGGGGUGCUUUACUGUCUGGAAGUAGGAUGCACCACAGUGUGGAAUUUGCAAGGAUUGCAUUUGAGCAGCUGGUUCAGGUAGAGCCAGAGAACGCUGGGAAUUUUGUGACGAUGUCAAACAUAUAUGCAAAUUCUGGAAUGAUAGAGGAUGCAAAGAGAGUGAGGAUGAUGAUUGACAGGGAAGAGUUAGUGAAGCCUUCUGGACAGAGCUCUGUGGAAGUUCUGUGACAUGGUACAAAUUUCACGGAUUCUUCAGAUUUCCACAAAUUUCAAAGCACAAAACAAGGGUGGAUUCCAGCUACUUACACCUUGGAGUUCUUCAAGAUGGUCGAUGGUCAAUAUUAGUUGUGAUGAAGGGAUUGCAGUAAGACAAAUCAAAGCCUACUACAGCUAGCGCCUAGCAAUCCGAAGUCACUCCAAGUACCUAUACGUUUUGAUGGCAAUUUCACUUAGCAUCCCUAAUACUGGUUUUUUACAGCAUAGUUGCCUAGGUGGAGCAGUUUUUACUUAUUACUUGUUCCAAUGUGUCGUUUCUCUUAUGCUCUCGCCUUGCCUUAUUCAGCAAUCAGAAAUUGGAUAUUAGCACCCAUUACCACAACUGACGUUGAUAGUAUAUCAACUGAAUUAAGUAUACUGAUACAGUUCUGAUCUCCUAAAGUUUCUGUUGGAAUUUUCCUUGUGGAAAAUACAUUAAAAAUUUCCAAUUUUGAGGAUUUCCUUUUGCUGGGAAUUAAUUGGAAAUAAAAUAGAGAAAUAGAAGUGGUACCUACUUGCCAUUGUGACAUAGAAGAGGGGGAAAUGGCCUGGCUAUAAUGUGGAGAGAAAAGGGGAUCGUGGAAUUGUUUUUCUCACCACAAUAUAGCUAGGGACGCGGUCGCCGUUCCAAGCCCGUGAGUCUCGUUAAAGGGCAACCUCCUCUUCCUGAUCAAAGAUAGAUCGGUUCCCAACUGAGUGUCCUCCUCGAUUCUUCUCUCUGUCAAGGUCUCCAUGCCAAAGAGUCCCAUCCAGUCCUGCCCCGUUCAGAUCAGCGCUGCUCCAGCAUAACAGGCAGGGACAACACCCCCUUGACGUCUCUCUGAACUCCAGCGGUGCAUCCUGUGCAGUGCGAUUGGCUUCCUCUGAUCGUCAAGUGCUGGUGUUUGGUGAAUUAGAUUGGGUUGGAUUGGUCCUGUGUUGGUUCUGAACCUUUUGGCUCGUUGAUUGUUUUGUGCAUUCGGGUGACCUUGUGCAGAUCUGAUUGGUGCUUGAUUUGAGGCGUGUGCGCUUGGCCAGCGCGUGCGUGUCCCUCUGUGUUGUUGUGCUGCAUCUCCUAGGCCUCAAGCUUGUCGGACAGCUUGCCACGGAUGGCUGGAGAGUGUUAUCGUAUCUCCAAGAGCAGGCGCUGGGAUCCUGCAGCAACAGUGGGGCGUAAUUGUUCUCUGGGACAGCGACGUGUCGCACUUCACCACCCGACGGCUUCGAGUGUCGUCGCACUGUGAGCCUGAUUGCGCUUUCUGAUCCUUAUUGUUUACUUCUGCUGUUCCUUUAUAAUAUUUCAGAGAACACUGGUUUGUUCAUACUAGUUUAACAGUAGCGGUAAUUGGUCUCUUGCUUUGCUAAUCAUCUUGCCGGUAGCUUUCCAAUAGCAGCCUGUUCUCCUUUUGUUUUGUUCUGUUCCUGUUUCCUGUGAACGUGCCAGGAGGUGACAGGUUGAUUAGCUUCUGUUCUUUAUUUAGCAGCUGGUUAAUAUUUAAAACUGUGUUAAACUUGUUCUAGUAUAUGUGCUAGCUGCCCUUGCUUUAUGCAGUAAGUGGUUUAGUUUCAUUACCGAGUCUGUUUUUGUUAACCAUCACGAGGCAGCAAUUUAUUCCUUUUUAUUCUAGUGUUAAAAUUUGUUGCCUUCACAUUACCUAUGAAUUUGGGAAUUAAUCUCAUGAUAUUAGUAAGCCAUUUAGCUCUAUGCUUCCUACAGUUUCUUCACAGGAAAGAAGGCAAAUAAAGCUUCUCCAGGAUGGAGCCAAUUAAAAACUCUGGACUGCCCUUCCCUGCAUACGGUCCACAGUUCAUCUCCCUGGCAAACAUUAUUGGUGGUGGCAAAACAUCAUGACAGAGUUUCUGCAAGAAGAUCUUCACCUUCCAACCAACUUGGUCUGCUUGAAUCUGCUCAUAUCGGGUAGUUCGUCUUGCAGGACAAAAUCUGUUCAUAUUAGCAUCAACAGUCGUCUCAUACCGAUAUAAAUUUUAUCUGAUUCUUCAACGUAUAGCUGCAAAUGAAUCAUUGAUUGUUUGAUACCACUUGAUAUUGCCCCUUAAUGCGAAAAGCCAGUUUAGUUCGUUGUCAGCAUGAUGCAAGCAUGAUGCAAGCAUGAUGCCUAGAAAACUCGAUAUUGACGUUUAGGCCUGGUACUGUACCUUUUUAUUUCUGGGAAACAUGCGCAUGUACAUUGGAAUUGAGGUGCUGAUCGAUUAUGUUUUGUGACAUUGAAGCAGGAAAGCUUGCCUCAUGGAAGCUGAGCUAAUUGCAAUUUGAAGUUGAUUUAUUCUUUUCUUUAGAGAAUUUGAUGUUGAUUUUGAUUUGAAAUAUCUCAUACCCGUUUGUUCUUUUAUUCUGAUUAUGGAUUGUAGCAUAAAAGCAAAAAAAAAAAAAAAACAAA